AUGAAUAAUGACCUCAGCCUGUCAAGGGCUCUAGGCGGUCUACGCAUAGCAAACCCGGACGAUGCCAAUUCCAGUCCUUCUCAAGAACCUCACACCGAAACCGAUGCGCCCAUAACACCUCAAUUAAGCUCCGAUCCCACCUCCGGGCCCGACUCACAUACGAGGCUAGCCAGAUCACAAACCGCCGAGUCGGCGUUAAGCAUAGCUGGCUUGCAAGCGGAAUCCCAGAGCCAACUCUCUGCGUAUGCACAGAACGGAGCUUUGCCGUAUUCGAACCCGUCUUCGCGCCCUACGUCAGCCAUGUAUAAUGCAACAACAGCGGCAGGACGUGACCAGGCCGCGAACUCAUAUCACAUACUGAGAACCGAACCGUCGAGAACCCCUGCGUAUAACACACCGAACAAAAGCGACACGACAAGGUCACCUCUAGAAUACUCUCCUAAUGUUCCCACCCGUGAAUCGAGCCAUAGAGAGCGAGCCUACAAUCAAAACCGCCAAAUGCCCACAGCAGCCGGAACCGGUCCACUACCUCCUAGAAGGAGCUCAAAAGGUAAAGGUAUGGCUGGUGGUUACGCCCAAAUUGCUGGUGUUCCCAUGGCACCUGAACCUCGUGGACUUGGACCAGACAUGCAGAUAUCACAAGGCAGUGAAGAAUGGAAGGAUCGGGGGGCUGCAGUGUCUAUGCGCAAAGAGGUCGACGCCAACGGGAAGACUAUCAUGAAGCCUGUGAAGAAAGGAGUACGCGAUUUCUCCUUUGGCCGGGUUCUGGGGGAGGGCUCAUACAGCACUGUAUACCUUGCAACGGAUCGGCAAACCCUCAAAGAAUACGCGAUAAAGGUCCUCGAAAAGAAGCACAUUAUCAAGGAGAGAAAGAUCAAAUACGUCAAUAUCGAGAAGGACACGCUUAACCGACUUACAGAACAUCCCGGCAUUGUACGACUCUACUAUACCUUCCAAGACGAGAAUUCCUUGUAUUACGUUCUGGAUCUAUGCAAUGGGGGCGAGCUUCUGGGGGUCCUGAAAAAGACGGGCACCUUCGACGUAGAGUGUUCGAGGUUCUUUGGAGCUCAGAUAUUGGACUCUAUCGAGUACAUGCACUCUCGCGGCGUGAUCCACCGAGAUUUGAAACCCGAGAACGUGCUGUUGGACGAUCAGUUGCAUGUCAAGAUUACGGAUUUCGGGACGGCAAGGUUGUUGAAUGAUCCAAGAGCGCCGCAAGCCCCUCCGAGGAUCGAGGAUACCGGUACUAGCUCUGGAGGGAAGGGCCAGGAUGACAAUCGAGCAGCUUCAUUUGUUGGGACCGCCGAGUAUGUCAGUCCGGAACUGCUCACCAACAAGAAUGCCUGCAAGGCCAGCGACUUGUGGGCCUUUGGUUGUAUUAUCUAUCAGCUGUUGGCAGGCCGGCCACCAUUCAAAGGUGGCUCCGAGUAUCUGACUUUCCAAAAGAUCGUCGGUCUCGAAUACGACUUCCCUGCGGGCUUCCCACCAGCAGCCCGCGAUCUCGUGGAGCGGUGCCUAGUGUUAGAUCCGGCUCGAAGGAUUACAAUCGAGCAUAUCAAGAAUCACGAAUUCUUCGAUGGCCAACAAUUUGGCAAGAUGCUGUGGAGGUCAAAGGCGCCCCGCUUACGUCCCUAUGUUCCACCAUCCCAAGAACCCAAAGUCAUCAACCUUAAUGGGAUGUCUGGCAUUUCACAAUCCACGUCAGCAUCCAGACCUCAUACGGGAGGGAACGGUCCCAACGGCGGCUCGCGAGCACCGGGGAGGAUCAUCACUGAUAUUCCCCCGCCGUCCCAGUUAGAUAUCGAAUGGUCCCCGGUAUUGACAAAGACGAACGAAAGAAUACUACGGCUUGGCGACCUUAUGGUUAUGUCUUCACCAAUACCCAACAGCCCACACGUCAAGGGCGAAGAAGGGCACCGGAAGUUCGCACGUUUCUUUGGUGGCAGCACAACCAAGAAGAGGCAAAGGCUUGUCAUGAUAACAUCUAGCGGAAGGAUCGUGCUCGCUCCAGCAGGCGGUGAAGAAAAGAAGGCGAAACAGGAGAUCUCGCUUCUGGCCCCUGACUGCUCAUGGAAAACCCAGAUCGAUGCCAAAGGACAGGCGAUCUGGAGUGUCGAUUCGGGUGGUUAUCAUUACACAUUUGAGGAUGCCAAAGCGCCUUCAUCUCUCGAUCCACCACGACCUUGUCCCGAUGACUGGCUCGAAUCUAUGCAGCAAGCCAAGGACUUUGCGCUUUCAAUGAACCAUUCCGGGUCUUACGCUGGUGACAAUGGGUUUGGAGACAUGUCAUCGUCAAUGUCCAGUCCGGCCAGCACCUUUGAUCCAGACAACUACGGUAUUAGCGAUAGGUACCACCAUCGCAGUCAUGCGAGCAAAAGCCAAAUGAGCCUGGACGAGACGACGAGCACGAAACGCAACCGUUUCAGCAAGCGACAAUCCAAGCAAGGACUGGGUUCGGCUUUCUAG